UGGAUUUACCUCAGAAAAUAAUUUUCAACAACCGAUCUUCAGAAUUUGCCUUAAAAAAUCCCAGUAAUUAGUUCAUUUGAGACCGGAAGACGAUGGGGAUGAUGAUGAUGAAGACGACGGCGAUGAUGCAGAGAAGAGCUUCUUCUGUGGUAAUGGUUUCCAUGGCUCGGUCUCAGGAAGCAGCGGCUUCAUUAGGUACUACCGCUCCUGCAGGUUGUACUACUCUUGCAUCAUUUCUCUUUCCAUUCCCAAACCAUAGACCCCAUUUGGCUUUUUAUUCUGCUAUUAGUAGUAAGGUUAAGAGUUCUUCUGGAAAAGCUCUGAAAUUUCAACCUGAAUUAAGGAAUGAUAUUAAUAAUGUCAACAGUCUUGAUGAUGCUUUGAGCUUGUUCGAGCGGAUGGUCCGGAUGAGGCCUCUGCCUUCUGUUAUUCAAUUCAAUCAACUGCUGACUUGUAUUGUUAAGAUGAAGAAUCAUUAUUCUUCAGUUAUUUCCCUUUUUAGAGAUAUGUGUGUCAAGGGCAUUCCUGUUGAUGAUUGCACCCUUAAUAUAGUGAUUAAUUGUUACUGCGUCGUGGGCCGAGUGAAUUUAGCUUUUUCUACGUUGGCUGGCUUCUACAAAAGUGGUUUUGUUCCCGAUGUAGUCACCUUUAGCACUUUACUUAAGGGACUCUUUCGAGACCAUAAGGUUCCUGAGGCGCAAGAAUUGUUCAAAAAGAUAAUCAAGCAAAAACUUUGUAAACCCAAUGAAACUAUGUUGGGGAUUGUGAUAGAUGGGAUCUGUAAGGCAGGAAACACUCAAACAGCCAUUGAAUUCCUCAGAGCAAUGGAAAAACGAGGAAGACCUUGUAAACCUACUGCAAUUAUUUACAAUACUGUCAUUGACAGCUUGUGCAAGGAUAAAAUGGUUGAUGAAGCUCUUGCCCUCUUACAGGAGAUGAUUGAAAAGGACAUUCCCCCGAAUGUUGUCACUUACAGUUGUUUGAUUCUGGGUCUGUGCAGCUUAAGCAGAUGGAAGGAAGUUGACAAGCUCUUUGCUGAGAUGAAGGUUUAUAAAAUUGUUCCAGAUGUUAUUACUUUUAGUAUAGUGGUGGAUGCACUAUGUAAGGAAGGGCAUAUAGAAGAUGCUGAAGAGGUAGUCCAGAUCAUGAUCCAACAAGGUCAAAAUCCCGACCUGGUCACAUACAGUUCCUUAAUGGAUGGGUACUGUUUACAGAGUCGAAUAGAUGACGCAAGUAGAGUUUUCAAUACCAUAAUUGCUAGCGGUCUUACACCCGAUCUCCAUUGCUAUGGUAUUCUAAUAAAUGCCUAUUACAAGACCAAGAAAUUGGAAGCAGCCAUGAAGCUCUUUCGAGAGAUUCCACAUAAAGGUUUAACACCUGAUAUUGUUAUUUAUAGCACUGUGUUGCAGGGGUUAUUUAGUUCAGGAAGGUAUCUUAGUGCACGAGAAAUUUUCAACGAGAUGCAAGCUUCUGGCAUGAAGCCUGAUUUUCACACUUACUGUGUCGUGUUGGAUGGAUUAUGCAAGACUGGACAUGUUGACGAAGCAUUGCAGUUAUUCCAUGCAAUGGAAGCUGAUGGAGCAGAUCUUUACAUUGAAAUGUACAAUAUCAUGCUUGAUGGGUUGUGCAAAUGCAGGAGGCUCGAUAGUGCCCGACAUCUUUUCAAAAAUCUCUUCCUUAAAGGAUUGGACCCUAACGUCAUAACAUACAACACCAUGAUUUCUGGCCUGCUUUCAGAAGGUCUGCUCAUCGAAGCUAAAGAGCUUAUUGGAAAAAUGGAAGAGAAGGGUUGCUUGGCAAAUAGUGUUACAUACAAUGUCAUUCUGCAAGGACUCCUUAAGGGAGGUCAUUAUGAUGAUGCAGUGGUCUAUCAUGAAGAAAUGGUUCACAGAGGAUUCUUGCUGGAUGCAUCUACGUUUUCCAUUUUACUUGAUUCAUCCGCUGGAAAUCAGAGCAAUCCUUCUCUACUAAUGUUAAUGCUGAAGACUGAUCCUGAUAGCAAGAAGUUCAUGGAUGGGGGACAAAGAGGACCUUCACAUUAGUUGUAACAUGUUGGCCCUGGUGUCUUUUGACCCCUAAACUUUAAUUUGUUGAAACUAACAUUUGGAUCCUGUUGUCACUUAUCAUCUUUGAUGCAAUUGAACCUUAGAGGAGAUCUGUUGGUCAUAUUUUGUGAAA